GCCUGAGGGGGGCAGUUGCUGCUUACGCGGCGGCUGGGCAAGAGGGAGCCCGAGAGGUGAUCUGCCUGUCACGUCAGCGCCUUCCUCCUCCGUACACUCGCGCGGCAGCGGCGGCGGCGGCAGGGCCGGAGUCCAAGCGCAGCUCCGGGCGGCGGCGGCGGCGGCAGUCGUGCCAGUGACAGGCGGCGGCGCAAGGCGUGCAGGAGCGAGCCGGCAGAGGCAGCAAAGAUGGUGGCAAAGCAGCGGAUCCGGAUGGCUAACGAGAAACACAGCAAGAACAUCACGCAGCGCGGGAACGUGGCCAAGACCUCGAGAAACGCCCCCGAGGAGAAGGCGUCGGUGGGGCCCUGGUUGUUGGCGUUGUUCAUCUUCGUGGUGUGCGGAUCGGCUAUCUUCCAGAUUAUUCAGAGUAUCAGGAUGGGCAUGUGAAGGAGCUGGUCUUUAAACAAGAUGGUUACAUUUCUUCUGUGAACUAUGAACUCUCAUUCCUGAUGUUUGAUAACUUGGAAUUUAAAUCCGUUGUCGUCUUGCUUCUGAAGAACUUUCCAUGUUGACCAUAUGUCAUUCCAGGUUCCUUUACGAGUCAUUCCAGGUUUUCUAGUCCAUGCCACAGUGCCUUGAAAAGCACCACAUGUAUAAAGCAAUAAAGAGUUAUUGUUAACUUACAAUCGUGGACCUACUUAUUCUGUGAAUCAAACUCAUGCUUUAUGUUGAGGUAUUAAAGUGUAAGCAGUGUAGAUACUUAGUGAUUGCAUCAUAUGUAAACACUGAUCUUUGUUAAUUUUCUGUAUAAAUGGAAGUGGUUUUAUUUAAAAUGGAGAAAAAGCUUCUCAAAUAGUAAUUGUAUGACUAGAUUCUAAAGCAUAGUCAUGCAACUCAGUUAACGGAUGUGUGCUAUGGGUAUUGCUUUAUCUGAAAAGGACAUCUUAUGUAUGUGUAGCUUAGUUUUACUGUAGCAUGUGGCAACUCAAUAACUCUCAAAUGGUUACAGGUAGAAGACCUUAUCCUAUACUUCUUGGGAAAUUGUUUAAGAAAACAAUUUAGUGUAAAACUAAUGGCUUUUAAUUGGCCAUUGAUUACAUACAGAACACUCUCUUCAGUUUUAAAGUGCACCAGAAGUUUCACAAAAUGCUUAGCUGUUGCCGUGUACUGUAUUUCAGUGUCAGUGUUUUUUUAUGCUAUCAUUCCUGUGUUGGGUGAUCCAUACUCCUAGGCAUAACUCAAACUGAAGAUGGGGUAUGAGUGCAAAAUACCAUCUGGUGAUUUGUGUGCCAUAAUACUAUAUUAUUCACUAUAACUCAUCCAGAUAGCACUGGCAUGCAUGCAGCCUGAAGAGCACCCCGUUCAGCUAACAAAGUUAGCAGGUUAAAAACAUACUGCUGAAUCCAAAUUUUUAUAUUGCUCUUACUCAAGCCUUUUUUCUUUACAGCAUGGGCAUUUUCAUAGCAUUCAGCAGGAAGAUAUAAGAGCAAGUGGGUUAAACUUUCACAGGGUAGUAGACAUAAAAUUAUAAUGUACUUGCCAUUAUUAACAUCUUGUUGCAGAGCAUAACAAGGUAAAGAUGAAGAUGUUUUCAGGGAAUGUCUGUUUAAGCAAGUAACCUGGACCACAGAAAUACACAAUUUAAAGGGCUGUGUGAGUGAAAAGUUAACUAGGCAUUGUUGUUGAUAGGUAAUUAGAAGGCUAUAAUUCUUACCCUUAGCUGUCAGCACACUCUGUAAAUCAGAAAUGCUUGUUUGUAAUCCAAUAACUAUUUCCAAUAAAUUACUUUAAAAUCUGA